AUGGGAACCGCGGGUGAUUCUCAACGAGUGACGGCCGCUUCGGUACACAGCAUAGAUGCGGAGAACCAGAACAACGACACCCAGACAAACUAUGUAAAUCCUGUCAGAUCAUGGAAAAGUUAUGUGUGGGAUACAUGGGACCUUCCACCGGAUCAGCGCUGGAUGCUUUUUAAAGUAGAUGCUUUUGUUCUCACGUUCGCAUCUAUUGGUUAUUUUUUGAAGAAUAUCGACCAAUCGAAUGUCAACAAUGCAUUUCUCAGUGGCAUGGAAGAGGAUCUCGAGAUGUUUGGCAAUCAACUAGUGACUAGCACGUCUAUCUGGACUGUGGGAUAUGUUAUUGGCCAAAUUCCGUCCAACUUGUUGUUAACCAGAAUCUCGCCUCGAUGGGUCAUCCCCACGCUGGAGGUAGGAUGGGGACUCGCAACUAUUUGUACAUCUAGUGUCAAAUCGUACAAGGCUCUGUACGCUUUGCGCUUCCUUGUUGGAUUUUUUGAAUCAGGAUUUUACCCCGGCAUCCAUUACUUACUAGGAUCAUGGUACACACCACGAGAAAUCGGAAAGCGGGCUAUGAUCUUCUGGCUCGCCGGUUCAGUCGGCACUUUGUUCAGCGGUUUCCUCCAAGCCGCCGCAUAUACAAACCUGAAUGGGACACAUGGUUACGCUGGAUGGCGCUGGCUUUUUAUUAUUGAUGGUAUCAUUACGCUACCUCUUGCGCUCGCUGGUUACGUAUUCUUCCCUAAUCUACCGCAAAGUGGUAAGAAGACAUGGUGGACAACAGAAGAGGAGCAUCUUCUGUCAAUUAAGAGAAUGGAGAAUAUUGGACGUGUUGGCAAGAAGCCUUGGACUAUGGCAAAGGCGAAAGCAAUCCUGUUGAGUUGGCAUACUUAUCUUCUUCCAUUGCUAUACAUCCUUUGGAACAAUGGCAUCCCUCAACCUGCUAUGGGAUAUUGGCUGAAGAGUUUCAAUGCCCACCCUCCUCCUCUCCCCGGGACUACUUACACUAUCUCACAGAUCAAUAACUUACCUCUUCCGACGACCGCUGUUCUCAUCGUCAUGGGAUUGAUUUGGGGCUGGUUGUCCGAUGGGCCAUGUCGUGGCGCUCGCUGGCCAUUCAUUUACAUCGGCGCCGUUAUUACUCUAACGAUUACCACUACUGCACAGCUCCUGUUCACCGUCUUAAUGAUGAAGUUGCCAUUUUACACAAAUCUCAAGGGCCGUAUGGCCGUUUAUUGGUUGAGUAACAUUGGAAUGGGCGCCGGUCCUUUAAUCCUGAGUUGGAUCAAUGAGAUCUGCUCCGAUGACACGGAAAAGCGAGCGCUGCUUGUCGCGAUGGCGAAUGACCUUGCUUAUGUUGUACAAGCUGUCGCCCCCAACUUCGUGUGGAAAACUACAGCAUUCCCUCGAGCUCCCAAGGGAUAUACUUGGUCAAUCGUACUCCAAAUAUUGCUCAUCUUGGGAACUGCAACUGUUCAAUUCCUCUUGUGGCACGAUAAGAAAAAAGCAGCAAAGGCAAAGGCGGCUCUCUCGGCUAUUGACCCCCUCGAGUCAUCGUCUGUAGAGGGAGAUACCUCUGUGGCAUCAAGAGAGGACAAUGGUAAAGUGGGUAGCACUUCUCGGGUUAAAGAUGUUGGUAUUGCUUGA